CUGUUUCAUCGGUUGAUGGUGAGAGCAGUCCGAUGGAUAGGUGAUAGAAAUGGAGAACCAGUCAAUCUUUACCAUCGUCACAUCAGUCUAAUGGUUGAUGAAGAGCAUCAUGCCUUAAUAGAGAUGUUACCACGUCAUGAAACAACUAUCAAGGUCACUGUAUUCCGAGGAGCGGUUGCUGGUUCUGAUCAUGAUGGGGAUAGUCAUAAACCUCCAGCUCCAAGUGCUGUCAAAGAGGUGAUGGACUUUGUAACGGAAACCCAUGAUAGCCUUAGGCAGCAAUAUGCUAGGAGGAUCGAGUAUGAUGUCCGCUUCAUGUGCCCGAGCCCGAACUGCAGUGAGAAGAAACCGCUUAAAGACUGCUUCAAGGGAAAGUCACUGAAGUGUGGACUACAUCACAUCUCUACGGCUGCAAUCAAGUUCAAGUUUGGUAUGAGUGAGGAAGGAGUGGAGUCAGGGAACAAGAGUCCAGUGAACCCUUGCAAGGAAAGUGAGGUACUGUGCCCCCUUUACUUCAGUCAUCUUGCAGAGCUGAUAGGAUCAGAUUGGCGUCUGCUUGGAAUCAGACUAGAAUUAAACCCAGCAGAUAUUGACCACAUCACAGAGGACAACCUAACAGCAGUGUAUCGCAUCCUUGCUAUGCUACAACUAUGGAGGCAACGAUCGUCAUGUACCGAUAAGAGUAAGGUGGAGAAGCUUUGAGUGGCCUUGAGUAGCUGUAGCAUGACGGAUCUUGCAGAGAAAGUCAGAAUAGACGCCGGAAUCUGCUAAAUUUCACAUCAAUUGGACAUUGUAAUAACGGACAGCUAGAGAACUCCUUGAGUUUUGCCCUAUAGUUUCUUCAGAGAAGCUACUCAAUAUGGCAGCAAGGGAUAUCGAGUAGGCAGGCCUAUUAUCACUUUAAUAGUGUUUCCUUCAAGUAUUGGUGACAAUUCAUUGCAUGAAUAUACCUGGGACUAAAACUGAUAUGAAGGUGCCUUCUGCACUGCAUGACUGAACUCAUGUACAGUUUGUCAUGGUAUAGUGGUACAAUCCAAGGGCCUGGGAGGUU